CCCAUACACGCUCUUUCUUCCUUCAUCUCAUUCAUUCAUGCUUCUCUUCAAACAUUUCUAUUCUCGCACCAAAACUACACACAGUUUCCGGCGACUUUUCUGAUCAACAUGUUCUUCUAACUAACUCCGGUGAAGUUACUGUCUCACGCGCUUUAGAUCUGAUUAGAUCACCACCAGCAUAAAUCGAACCAAAAUUUCUACCUCCGUUUUGCUAAAUUAAAUUUUUCGCAACGCCGUCGUUUUGUAGUCAAUCUUCGUCGCUACUUGAAUCGAGAUUUGUUUUCAUUCGAUUCAAAGCUCCGAAAAGCUGAUUCUUACUUCGCUGCUGAAAUAGUGAAAUGAUGUUGUUUUGAAGCAUUUUCCAUCGCUAAUUCACUGUGUUUCGAUCUCCAAACUUCUCGAUUGUUGCGCCGUUGCAUUUAAUCGAACUUUCUGAACUUUUCUUUAUCGGAGUUUCUGUUUUUAGCGGCGGGGUUUUUCCGACGAUGACGUCGGGGACGAGGCAACCAACGUGGAAGGAGAGAGAGAACAACAAGAGGAGAGAGAGAAGGAGAAGAGCUAUAGCGGCGAAGAUCUUCUCCGGUUUGAGAAUGUAUGGUAACUACAAGCUUCCCAAACACUGCGACAACAAUGAAGUUCUGAAGGCUCUCUGUAAUGAAGCAGGUUGGAUCGUAGAACCGGAUGGCACAACGUAUCGUAAGGGAUGCAAGCCUAUUGAACGAAUGGAUGUGGCAGGCGGUUCUGCAAUGGCAACCCCAUGUUCAUCUUACCAUCCAAGUCCAUGUGCUUCCUACAACCCAAGUCCUGGCUCUUCUUCCUUCCCUAGCCCGCGCUCAUCCUCCCAUGCUGUAAAUCCUAAUGGCGAUGGCAAUUCCCUCAUUCCAUGGCUCAAAAACCUCUCAUCUGGAUCAUCAUCAACAUCCUCUUCCAAGCUUCCGCAGCUAUACAUUCAUACCGGCUCAAUCAGUGCUCCUGUCACCCCUCCACUUAGCUCUCCAACUGCGCGAUCAUCCCAGACAAAAGCUGACUGGGAGGUUCGGUCCGCUCGUCCAGGGUGGGGCGGACAGCAGUACCCCUUCCUGCCUUCCUCCACUCCUCCAAGCCCUGGUCGCCAAGUUCUCGACCCAGAUUGGUUUGCUGGGAUUAGGAUGCCCCAGGGUGGUCCAACUUCUCCUACCUUCAGCCUUGUUGCUUCAAAUCCAUUUGGCUUCAGGGAAGAGGUUUUCUGUGGCAGUGAUUCCCGCAUGUGGACACCUGGGCAAAGUGGGACAUGUUCUCCAGCUGUAGCAGCAGGCUCUGAUCAUACUGCUGAUAUACCAAUGGCUGAAGCUGUUUCAGACGAAUUUGCUUUUGGAAGCCACACAGCUGGUUUGGUGAAGCCCUGGGAAGGAGAGAGGAUCCAUGAAGAUUGUGACGGAUCAGAUGAUUUAGAGCUCACUCUUGGUUGCUCAAAAACCAGGUGAAGUGCUGCAUAAAUGAGCUAUCAAGAAAAAAAAAAGUGCUGCAUAAAUGAAUAGUCAGUGGUCCCCUCAAUUUGAAAUUUGACUCUGUUGUUUUUCUCUUUUGUAGAAAGGGUAGAGGAAGGAAUUAAGGUGAUGAAAGCGAGCAUUUGCUCAUCCAUUUUAUUUUAUUUUAUUUUAUUCUUUUAUUUUCUCUAAGGUCUUAUUUGUUCUUAAGUUAUAUAUACAACUUUAGUUAGGUGUGGGGUGGUUUUGCAACCUUUUCAUUUGGUCCGUCUUGUUAAACCCUUAAAUACUAUUUGAAAAGAUCAAUAUACCUGUAUGGAUUGGGUUGGUUUUUAUAUUAAAAGAAAAUUUAGGCCAAGAUUCAACUGUAUUGUACUUGCAUUAUCAAGGAAGUUUAAUGCAAAUUCGGAUCAAAUAGGUCUACCAGAUGGUUUUUCCAGUUUUCCA